AGCUGCCAGAAAAAGGGAGGGGGCGAGAGAGGGAUAGAGACUAGGGAGGGAGAGAUGGUACAAUAAAUUCACUAAAGAGUACAAAGGGAGCAGGACGGGGAGUGAGGCACCAAUACUAAACUGGGCUUUUAAAAGAGAGGGAGAGACGGGUUGACAAUAAACAGAGUUGGAAAGUACCUACCUGCGUAACAGAGGAGCGACUGAUACAAAAAAAACAAACAAACAAAAAAAAACAACCUCGAUAAGUACCUCUGAUUAGUUGGCCAGUGCAACGUUUUCCAUUUUAAACAAGUACCCCUCCGAGGUAUAGGCAGGCCCGGAGGAUACCGGACACCGCGGACAGACUCUCUCUAUUGGUGCGGGUAAUAACUUGCAGUAGGUUUGGUGUACGCUGAGGUUUACCUUCAUAUGAGGUGUUCGGUCGCCAAGCGGGCAUCGCAGUCGAGAAAAAAAAGAAAUCACCCCACCUUUUAAACCUAUUCCAACCCAAAACUGCGCAGACAUUGGGAGCAUCAACAUGGCUCCUGCACUACCCCAGCACUUCCGCCUGGUAGCGCUGCUGUUCCUCUGCCUGUGGUCUGCACCGGUGGUCAAGGCUCAGACCAGCCCAUCCCCUCCAUCUGGCUGCGGCCAAAACCUGAACUCCCUCUACUACAACCUGUGUGACCUGUCUGCGACCUGGGGGGUGGUGCUGGAGGCGUUCGCCGGGGCGGGUAUGGUGGGCACCUUCAUGGUAACUAUCGUGCUUGUGGCGAGCGUGCCCUUCAUCACGGAUGGGAAGAAGAAGAGUGUGGUGGGGCUGCAGGUGGGAUUCCUGCUGUGCACGCUGGGGCUGUUCGCCCUCACGUUCGACUUCAUCGUCAAGCCGAACUUCUCCACCUGUGCCUCCAGGCGCUUCCUCUUUGGCGUCUUGUUUGCCGGCUGCUUCUCCUGCCUACUGGUGCACAGCAUCCGUCUGAACCUGCUCGUGCGGAAGGACAAUGGUCCACGGGGAUGGAUGUUGUGCCUGGGCGCCCUGGCUCUCUGGCUGGUGGAAGUCAUAAUCAACACGGAGUGGCUGAUCAUAACCAUAGUCCGCAACGCCCCAAACUCCACCGUUGUGGGGGACCCGUGCUCCAUUGCCAACAUGGAUUUCGUCAUGGCGCUCAUCUACGUGAUGGUCCUCUUGUUGGCCACCCUAGUGUCCAGCGUUUCCACCCAGAUGGGCAAGCACAAGCGCUGGAGGAAGCACGGCAUCUUCAUCCUGCUGACGGCCCUCGUCUCUAUAGGCAUCUGGGUGGCGUGGAUCGUGAUGUACGUUUUUGGGAACAGCAGGGUGGGGAGCUCCCUCUGGAAUGACCCCACGCUGGCCAUCGCUCUGGUUUCCAAUGCCUGGACCUUCCUUAUCUUGUACAUCAUCCCCGAGCUGUGCCUGCUCACCAAGGACUCGGAGGCGCAGCCAAGCUACGGAGACGACCUGUACCCCACCAGAGGGGUGGGCUACGAGACCAUCCUCAAGGAACAGACAUCCCAGAGCAUGUUCAUGGAAAACAAAGCUUUCUCCAUGGAUGAACCAAGCACAGCUAACAAGCCUGUGUCCCCGUACUGUGGUUACAAUGGACAGAAUCGCAGCUGUGUGUACCAACCCACAGAGCUCGCACUGAUCAGUCAAGGGCCUGGACAUCACUCGGACAUGCAGUAUGAAGUGGUUAUUCCUCGGGCGAGUGUAAUCUCCCAGCCGGCGAGCAGCAACAACUCUACAGUCCGAGCCGAAGACUCUGCCUCCACAGCAGGACAGCAGAGGAACGGAAGCGGAAACAGCUUUUAUCCCAAAUCCCUUUGGUAAACAUCCCUCAGACUUCUCAACCUUAUCCAGUGAUGCAAAAACUCCCAGCUGACCCCAUAAGGUUUUUUUUUUUUUCUUUUUUGGGUUGUUCCCUUCGCCUGCUGGCCCAGCCUCGGGGCUUGGUGCACUGGGGUUGGCAGAUUCAUCUACCGAUACAGAGAGGGAGCGAGAGCACAAUAUCCUAGAUCCUCACUCUCUCGCUACAGCCUCACACAGGAGGAGGCAGGGGGUCCUUGGGGAUCAUCUCAAAGACAGUGCCUCUCCAGGGAUGCUCUCUGUCAGCCUCGUACCAGCCUGGCAUCGGUGUGAACGGCUAUAACAAACCCCACGGACAAAGGCGCUUUUUUAUUAUCAAAAUGUUAAUUCUAAUGUGACAAAAAAAAAAAAGCUUCUGCUUCCAGAACAGAGACAAUGGUAUUUCGACUGGGAUUUAUCUUUUGUGAAAAAAGAACUGAUAUGGCAGUCAGCUAGUGAGAGGGAGGGGGUCAAUGGGUAAAAACAAACCCCCACCCCCUUUCUUUUAACCCCUUCUCUCCUUCCUGACCGUUGAGUGUUUUUUUUGUUUGUUUUUUUGCUGCUGGUUUGGACUGUGCCGAAAGUGUGACGCGGACAGCCAGACAAGGAGGAGGAGAUCCAGGGUUUCAAUAACUAGGACUGGAAGCAGCUUGCCAUUCUAGAUGUGAUCCGCAACCACGUGCAGCAGUAAAGGUUCCCUGAAACCCUGAAACCACCAUUACAGAACCAAGACAAAACCCAGCAUAUUCAGAAAUUCAAGUUGGGUGCAUCAAUAAUGCAAGCACACUUUAGUGCUCCGUGAACAUACACAGGGUUCAAAUAACGCCUAACCAGCACUGCUAAAAUGCCUGUCCAGCUGAAAAACACAAAGUCCUCAUUGCUCUCCAGAUGCCCAGAAUAUGGCUGUCACUUCAGCAGCAGUCACAAACAAUCCAUGGGACCUUUGAUCUGAAACGCACCUUUUGCAGUAUGAUGUGCUUGAGAGUUUGCUAGCGAGUGCAGUCUUCAGCCUCUCCAGCUGUGCCCCAGAGGGGGAGUGCCUUGCAUUUCAGUUGACUGAAUUUCUGUUUUUGUUUUGUUUAAUAUAAUUUUCUGUUAUGUUAACUAGGCUCUUGCUUCAAUGCAGUGUUUGCAAGAUAGUGGGGGAUGUCAAUUGAAUCUUUUCAGCUUUGUUAAAAAUCUUUUCAAAAUCGUUUUAGCAGGAAAUAAACCAGAAACGUGUCCCAUAUAUAUAUAUAUAUAUAUAUAUAUAUAUAUAUAUAUAUAUAUAUAUAUAUAUCCAAUAGUACAUUUGCAUAGUGGUAUCAGACACAGAUACUUUUUAAGGUGGUAUUAGUAUAUUAUUGCUAAAGACGGUAUUCCCAGACAAUCAAUAUAACCUUGCAAUACCACCUUAAAUCAGGUGUCUCAACACUGACGCAUAGUUUUUUGCAUUAACUCCCCUGCUGAAAAGUUAAUUGAAUUGGGCCCAAAAGCUGUCAUGAAUGAAGAAUUAAAGUGUAAUGGAAAUUGUAUUACUUAUUUAAAUAUAUGACCAGUACCAGUAGGCUACACUCCUUUCAAAUAAUACUGACCUAUAUCUAAAUAUGACAAAUGUGCAUUGAUAUGUUACAAUUAUUUUUUAAUCUAAAUUGGAAAGGUUAAAUCACUGAUUGUUGUCCCAAGGUUAUAUAAAACUACAAAAUGUCUCUUCUGCUCAGUUUAUUGUUUAUUGUGAAGAUGUCAUAAAACCUGGGCAGGAGUUAAUUACGGAAAAUAAAUAUGCCCGUGAUACAACA